AUGGUGCCGCCCCGGGGGCUGCUCCCCGUUGUCUUGCUGGCUCUGUUCUGGGGGCCCAGCGUGGCAGGGGCCCAAGAGACCGUCCCACUGCAGACCCUGAGCUGCUAUAAUGACUACAAGAGCCACAUCACCUGCAGGUGGGCCAACACUCAGGAUGCCCAGCAGCUCAUCAACCUGACUCUCUACCGGAGGCUGAAUGAGGACCUUCCAAAGCCAGUAUCUUGUGACCUGAGUAACGACACGGCCUUGUUAGACCACCCUUGUUCUGGCUGUGUGUCCAGAAGAUGUGUCAUUCCCUACGAGUUUUUCGUUAUUGCUGACAGAGACUACUUUUCAUUCCGACCGGACCGGCCUCUGGGCACCCAGCUCACCAUCACUCUGACCCAGCAUGUGCAGGCCCCGGCACCCAAGGACCUCCUGAUCAAUACUACCGGGGACCACUUCCUGCUGACCUGGACGGUGGCCCUUCCGAGUUCCCAGAGCCACUGGCUGUCCAGCCUGGAGUAUGAGGUGGUCUACAAGCGGCUGCAGGACUCCUGGGAGGAGGCCUCCACCCUCUACUUCAAGUCCUCCCAGGCCGUCCUGGCACCAGAGCACCUCAUUCCCAGCAGCACUUACGUGGCCCGAGUGCGCACCCAUCUGGCCCCCAACUCAGGGCUCUCGGGGCGGCCCAGCCAGUGGAGCCCGGAGGUCUGCUGGCCCUCGCAGACAGGGGACAAGGCCCAGCCCCAGAACCUCCAGUGCUUCUUCGACGGGGCCACCGUGCUCAGCUGCUCCUGGGAAGUGAGGUCCGAGGUGGCCAGCUCAGUCUCCUUCACCCUCUUCUACAAGGCCAGCCCCAAUGCAGGGGAGGAAGAGUGCUCCCCAGUGCAGAAGGAGGAGUUCCCCGGCCUCUACGUCCGGCACCGAUGCCAGAUUCCCGUGCCCAACCCCGGGAACCACAGCCAGUACACCGUCUCCCUUCGAUUGAAGGAGGAGGAGAAGUUUAUAAAGAGCUCGGACCACAUCCAGAUGGCUCAGCCGACACUCAAUGUGACUAAGAGCAGAGACGGCUACACCCUGCACUGGACAGCAGAGGAGAUGUUCUACAAACACAUAGGUCACACCUUCCAGGUCCAGUAUAAGAAAGAUGCAGCCUCAUGGGAGGACAGCAAGACGGAAACCCUCCAGAACGCCCACAGCAUGUCGCUGCCGCCGCUGGAGCCCUCUACCAGGUACCAGGCGAGAGUCAGGGUCAAGCCCACCCCCAGCGGCUACAACGGUAUCUGGAGCGAGUGGAGUGAGGAGCGCUUCUGGGACACCGAGUGGGUGCUACCCAUGUGGGUCCUGGUGCUCAUCCUGGUCUUCACCACUCUGGCAUUGCUCCCUGCCCUGCGCUUCUGUGGCAUGUACGGGUACAGGCUGAACCGGAAGUGGGAGGAGAAAAUCCCCAACCCCAGCAAGAGCCACCUGUUCCAGAACGGGAGUGCUGGGCUCCAGCUCCCAGGCAGCCUGUCGGUAAUCAUCAGCAGGAGCCCCCCACACAAGGAGCUGCAAGGCAGCUUCUUCCCGGAGCUGGAUGGCUUGUUCCCUGUAGACUACAGGCACAGUGAGGUGUCGCCUCUCACCACGGAGGACCCGAAAGACAGCAGUGAAUCACCAUCGGAGCCUGACACGACUCCAGCUUCCUUGGACCUGUACUCGGAGCAGGCCCGCGGCCCCCAGCCAGGCCUGUCAGCCCCGGUGGGCAAGCCCAAGAGCCAGGCUUCUGGCUUCGACUUCAAUGGCCCCUACCUGGGGCUCCCCCAUGGCCGCUCCCUGCCUGACGUGCUGGGCCAGCCGGGGCCCCCACAGGCAGGCGUGAGCCAGAAGCUGCAGGCUCCGGGGUCCCUGGAGUACCUGUGUCUGCCUGCGGGGGAGCAGGUGCAGCUGGUCCCACUGGCCCAGGUGGUAGCACAGGGCCAGGCCAAGGAUCUGGAGAGGAGCCCUGGCCCAGGCGCAGAGGGGAACCCCUCCCUGGAGUCAGGGGUAGGCCUUGGCCCUUCUGCACCCGGGCUGAUGGUAGGCGGUCAAGGCCCAAAGAACAGCCCCAGCCUGAAGGAUGGGGCCCUCACAGCUCAGCCCACUGGCUCCGGGGGCCCUGAGGAUGGCUUCCAGGCCUCUGGCUAUGUCACCACUACAGACCUGGCUCUCCCCUUGCCCACGGGGCUGCCUUCUGUCUCCACAGUUCACCCUCCGCACCUGCCCUCAGACCAGAACCACAGCCUCGAUCUUAGAGUGGCUGGUGGGCUCCAUGCAGGCCCAGCCCCCAGCAAGCCAGAAAUUGAGGGCUAUGUGGAUGUCCCUCCAACCCCAGGCCAGUCUCCCAAGUCCCCUUUGGGCAGUCCUGCCCCUCCUACGGCCAGCGGCCCCAUCCUAAGUCUGGAGGAGCCCAGAGCAGAGGGGGCCCCUGCCUCCCCACACCCUGAGGGGCUCCUGGUCCUGCAGCAGGUGGGUGACUACUGCUUCCUCCCUGGCCUGGGCUCUGGCCCUCUCUCACCCCAGAUGAAGCCCUCUCCCCCAGGACCCUGUCCUGAGAUCGGGGACCCUGACCAGGUGUUCCAGGCCAAGAAGGCCCUGGGCCAGGCCAUUCCCCAGAUGCCAGCCAUCCGGCAUUUCAAGGCCCUCAAGCAGCAGGACUACCUGUCGCUGCCCCCCUGGGAUGUCGGCAGGCCUGAGGAGGUGUGCUGACACCCUCCAGCUCCUGGGCAUAUG